AACAACAUGGCCAGGCGCUCAGUAAGUGACCUCCUCGCCCACCUUCUCCGGCACCCCAAGCACAGGGGAAGUGUCAGUGCCGGAGAAAUCUCCGUCAGAUUUUCAGGGGAUGGGAGGCAGGUGACAAGGAACAAUAGGAUCGGUGCAGUCAUGGGUACUCUCCGGAUCGUCCCGAACCGUAACACCAUCAACAAGGAGACGGAGAGUGCCCAGCUGCACCAUACCAUAGAUGAGGAAGCUUCAAUUUUUGUGUACGAAGGAGGAGAGGAUCAUGAAGUCCAGAGGGAGACUGCAGGAAUGGUGUACAAGGAGAUUGAGGACAUUCGAAAGAAUGGACUGGUCAUCGAUGGAAAGACAGUCAAAGUCAAAUGGUACCUCACUGCAGACUGGAAAUUCCUGGCCACGCUGCUCGGCCUAAACCAAGCCAGCAGUAAGUCCUUCUGCCUGUGGUGCCAUUGUAAGAAGGAGGAAAUCUGUGACUUUGAUAAACCAAGCUGGAACAUACAGCGUAAGCCAGGGGACCACAACCGCUUCCUGGGCCAGAGGGAGCACAAAGGACAUGUCCUGCCUCCCCUGGUCGACUUCAACUUUGAUGAGAUUGUCCCCGACGUUUUGCACAUGGGCAUGAGAAUCAGAGGCAAGUUGUUCAACCAGGUGGUUGUAUGGGCAAUCAAUCAGCGGCGGACCAAGGAAUUGGUGGCCGCUAUGAAGGACACUGGUGUCCCCUUCAGAUUAAUGGAGGGGACAGGAGACGACGGCAAGGGGUCCAUCAGGACAUGGACGCAGCUUAAUGCGAAACAACUAGAGCGUGUGUUCGAGAAGCUCGACCUUAAUGCUGUGCUUACAGACAGGUGGAGCCCUGCUGGGCUAACAGUUGCCAGCCUGACUGUAGCACAGCUUAAGGUCGAGCUUCAAAAACGUGGGCUUGAAACUGCAGGGAGGAAGGAUGCCUUGGUGAAAAGGUUGUCUGAAUUCCUGCAUAGUGACCAGCUUCCUCUACCUGAAGAGGACCAGGCUAAUCACCCCAUCCUCAUCAUUGGCAACAUUAUCAAAUUGUGGAAGGAUUUUGAGGAGCUUGCUGUUGCCAUGAAGGCAGAGCCAGGUGCAGCUGGCCACCUGGCCCCUUCAAUGUUUCAGCAGAAGGCAAGGGAAUGGGGAAAGCUCUUCAGAAGAGUGACUUUUGACGAGCAUGUCACUCCAUACAUACACGCCAUGGUCUACCAUGUGCCCCAGUUUCUGAGGAGGUACAAGUUCAUUAAUGACCUUUCCUGUGAAAGUGUUGAGCAGAAAAACCACACACAGAAUAGGCGUUUCCAUCAUGGCAGCCAGAGGAGUGGUAGAGGCAGCAAAUGGACAGUGCAGGUCAUGGAAUAUGAAAACAGGGACCUGUUUGCUGUCCUGAACAACUUAGACAGAAAGAAGGCCAUGAUGGGACCAAAUUCAGCACAAAGAAGAGCAAACUUGCAAGGUUUGUCAGAUAUAAUGAUCAGCAGACAGAGGGGCAAGAUGAUCAGCAGACAGAGGAGGAGGAAAUUGUACAGGAAAGGGAGGAUGGAUAUGAAGAGGAGGAAAUUUUCGAGGAGGAUGAUGACGAGGAUAGCCUAA